AAGGCAAAUGCUAUAUGGUUCAAUUAUGAGUUGAGUCUUUAUUUGAGAUACAUGUAUGUGAGGUUGUUAAUACAUGAAAGUGAGUGGCAAGCAAUGAAGCAUAGUUCCAUGUGCAGAUGGCUACUCGAUUACUCAACUCUCCACACAGUUUGUUCAAUUGGGAUUUUGGAAGACGCAAAACUGAAGACAAGCCACAGCCUCCUAAGUACCAUAACAUUGACCUCCCCUUCCCACCUUCUCUUCUCACCAAAACUUUCUUGAAAGGGAGGGAGUUGAAAUGCUGCUAUCAGGCAUCAACCGAUGGAUUUAGUGCCACUGAUUUCCACCAAAACUGUGACUUCAAGGGGCCAUGUGUCAUCAUUGGCUACACAAACAACUCCUUCAAGUUUGGGGCAUUCAACCCUGAGGGCUACAGAAGCACAGAUGAUUACUAUGAUACUUUUUAUGCUUUUCUCUUCUACUGGCCACAAAAUGACACCCAUGAUGAUGACCCCAUAGUCUUACCCAAGGUUGGGGGCAGUGGCGCCGCCCUCUUCGACUACGCGCGUGGCGGCCCGCAGUUCGGUGCCGACGGGCUGCUCAUCGGACCGCCAUUGGCUCCGGUGAUGGGAGGGUUUGCAGGGCCGGACACAAAUUCAGGGAUUGGGGACUUGAGGCAAGCUAAGUCAAGAUUGGGGCUGUCUUAUAAGAAGAGGGCAGAUGGGAAGGAGUCAUUGUUUGGGGAUGAGUCUAAGGCCAGUCUUGAUGAAGUAUUGGUGUUUUGUAGUCCUCAAAUUGCAAGCCUGUAUUGAUUCAUGCAUAUAUAUAAUGAAAUGAGAUUCCAAUACUUUGCUUAUAAGUCUAUCAAUUAUUUGUACAUGAAUUUU